AUGCCGAGACGAAAAAAUUGUGAACAUCCGGUGAAGCAUGGAAAAUCAGCACGUGUACCAAAAGGAAUAGUGGCUGUGUCAUCAGAGCUAUCGAAAUUUUUGAUAAGUGAAUAUGAUGUGGCUUACACUCGAAUUCGCUGGUUAUGUCCAACAUGUCAUGCAUUUGAAUCGAAGAAAAUGAUGACUCAUCAAUCAAUGGAAUUCAACGACGAUGAAAGUUCAAGUGAUGAUGAAAUCAUGACAGAAGUUUCUCCUGCCAAUGAUGACAAAAAUGAUGAUGUUGUUGUCAAUAUGGAGUUUAAUGAUCUGAAUGAAGAAGAGAAAGAAAAUCCUCAUAUGGACAGUGGUAUUAUAGCUGAGUCAAAUGACGAUGAUGAAUCACCACGUGAUGAUGAAACAACUGAUCCUGAAUCAAUGGAUGAAGAUAAAUGUCAUGCUUUCUAUGAACUUGAACAUCAAAAAGAAAAAGCAAUGAAACAAUUAUCAAAUAUAUUUCAACUAUUGAACAUAGACCCGAUCCAUGACAGAUCAACAGUAUUACCUAUUCGAGCCAAAGUCGAUGAGGUGUAUAGAAAACUUAAUCGAUUAUGUGACAUAUUAGAUGAAAAGUCUCAAGUGUCGUAUGAUCCAAAUCCUCAUGGAUUAAAGAUAUGUGAAUCAAAUGAACUUUUGGAUGGAUUAAAGAAGUUAUAUGCUGAUAGUAAUGAUAGUGA